GGAAAGAAGCUGGCCGCUGGGUUCCUUGACCCUUAGUCCAAGCAGUGCACCGAGAUGAUGGGCUGUGGGGACUCAGAGCUGAAGUCAGUGAGAGGGGGAGAGGCUGUGGCAAUCCCGGGACCACCCCCCGCACCCCGCGCCCCAGAACCCGGAGCUCCUGUGCCCGAGCCGGGUCUGGACCUAAGCCUGAGCCCUCAGCCCGAAAGCCCUGAGCGAUCGCGGCGCAGCCCGCCGGGGCGGAGGGGGCCGGCGGACCGGCAGGGCGGGGCUCGCAAGGGGCGCCAGGUCCGCUUCCACCUGGCAUCGCCCUGCCCCGUCCUGUUGGACCCGCCGCUGGCCGCCGCCGCACGGAGCGAGAAGCCCGCGGUGCAGGACCUGGGGGCGCCCGCGCAGCAAAGCAGCCUGGCGCUGAGCCUGGAGCUGCAAGCCGCGCGGGCCGCAGCCGAGGGCCAGUUCGAUGCCGCCAAGGCCGUGGAGGAACAGCUGAGAAAGUCGUUCCAGACCCGCUGUGGCCUGGAGGAGAGCGUGGCUGAGGGACUGAACGUGCCGCGCUCUAAGCGUCUGUUUCGGGAUUUGGUGAGCCUGCAAGUGCCGGAGGAACAAGUGCUGAAUGCAGCGCUUAGGGAGAAAUUGGCGAUCCUGCCCCCGGCUCGAGCCCCGUCCCCAAAGGAACCACCUGGGCCCGGGCCAGACAUGACCAUCCUGUGUGAUCCAGAAACAUUAUUUUAUGAAUCUCCACACUUGACUCUGGAUGGUUUGCCCCCUCUCCGGCUUCAACUUCGGCCCCGCCCCUCAGAGGAUACCUUUCUUAUGCAUAGGACACUAAGGAGAUGGGAAGCAUAGACCUGGAUGCACCUGGAUUGUGAAUUCAUUUUCUCUGUUAAAACCUUUUCAGAAUAAAAGUGGUUUUCUAAUAAAUGGAGCUCUUCUAGAGAGCUUUGAGCUGGAGGUCAAGCCUCAGGUUGAAAGGUGCUUGGAGAUGGAUGACAAGUGGGAAAACCUGCGGUCAGGGUUAGCUACUCUGCCACCCCUUUCUCUCAAGUCAGUGACAGCUACCACCUUUUAUUUUGGAUGAUCCCAUACUUGUUCUGUUUAUUACUGAUCACUUUAACAUGUGAGUCUUACCCUGCGAGGAAGGCAUUGGCUCAUUAACU